AUGGCAAGUCUGAGUAUGGAAAAUUUGUCCAUCAACGAUGACGGCGAGGGAGAAGGUUUUUGUUUUGAUCUGGAGAAUGAAGAGUGUGAAGCGGCAGAUCUACGAUUGUGUCUUGUCGGGCGCUUCCUUUGCGACAAACCUAUCCAUGUGAGAUCAAUGAUGAGUAGAGUGGCAGAUAUAUGGAGAUCGGUGAAAGGGGUAGCAAUCAAGGAAGCGACGAAUGGUUUGUUUCUGUUUCAGUUUGAACACAAACUCGAUAUGGAGGCGGUCAUUAAUGGAGGUCCGUGGACUUACGAUAGUCAUCUUCUUAUUCUUGAAAAAGUUCAAAUUGGAGUACAGAUUGAAAACAUUCCGUUAUUCCAUGUUGACUUUUGGGUCCAAGUCCAUAAUCUUCCUGCGGGUUUCAUGCUAGAGAAAGUGGGGAAAGCUAUGGGUAGUUAUAUUGGAGAGUUUGUGGAAUAUGAUAAGAAUAAUAACACUAGUUUUUGGCGUCAAUAUAUGCGUAUUCGGGUUAAAGUUGAUGUGAGGAAACCAUUGAAGCAAUCUACUAAGGUUAAGAAUAAAGGAGUAGAUUGGUGUGUUGUGAAUUUUAAAUAUGAGAAACUGAGCAUUUUCUGUUUUGUUUGUGGACUUCUUGGGCAUUCAGAACAACGAUGUGAAGUGCAGUUCGCAAUGACAGAAGAUGAUGGUGUCUGA